AUGUCGCUCCCCAUGUUUUGCGCCGCCGAAUUAUUCCACCUAUUGUUUUUACCAAAACUGCCUCUGGCAUUGUCGUCUGCGAUCCAACUAUUCUCACCAGUCCUCUCAACGGCAGCUCAUGCCAUGCACCGGUACUGGCCAUCGGAGCAUCCUCAAGUCCCCGCUUCUUCGCUUGGCGAAAGCACUGUAGCUCAAGCUCUGAGGUUUGAGAAUGCUCUAGAUCAUCUGGAACACCUUGAAGGGGAUAUUGAUCAGCUUAACACGUCUCAUAUGUAUCAGCGAUUGCUUGUUUUGGAAGAUGAGAUGGCGCGGCUGCAGGAAUAUGUUCAACGGUUGGAACGUCUUACACGCGGGGCCAGGAGGGCAGACUCAGAUGAUACGGUGGUCAAUAUUCGACCGAGGAUAGCCUUUCCUCCACGGAACCCCGUUGACAUUCCUCAGGUGCCCUUGUCUCCGAGUACAAUCGAAACCCCAUUCGAAUUUGACGCGCUUUGGACUGGCAGUGCAGAUGAGGGUCGAUUGGACAGCCCUGUUGCAUCUUCCGUCGGCAACCUCGAAGUCGUAUGGAACCUCGAUCCCUCUAGGACAAAGUUGGCUCAUUGGGACAUUGGUAGUAGCAGAUUGAAUGCUAGCAAAGCUCGCAUACCAGCGUGA